CCCAGCUUCUCUCUCGCGUUUCUCUCCCAUCUUCUCUCUCCUUCUUUUCCUAAGGCUUCAGCCACCAAUGUCGCUCCUAGCUCCGGUCGUGGGUCGCCGCGCGCCACUCUACCCUCCAGCUUUGGAGCCGCGCCUCCUCCAGCUGUCGCCGCCGCACCGCAUCAACGGUUGUCAAAUUUAAGCGAGAGAUGGUGAAGGCGCCGACCUUCACCGAUUGAGGGCGGGGGCGGCGUUGUGGUUGCAAAUUGAGAUCUCGCUUGUGUGUUAGUGAACGAGUUCAGGGAGAUAGAGGGGAAGGGGCGAAGACAUCGAGGGAGGCGAUGACACCGGGAAUCGAAGGUGGGCAGCGGCGCCGCCCUCUAAUUUUCAUCCUUCUCUCUUCUCAUGAUAGAUUGCUGCCGUGAAGCCGCCGUGAAUAUCUUCUCCGGUGACUCCGCGCCGUCCGGAGCAGCUGAACCUCGUGGCUUCGCACCGCCGUCGUCUUAAUUUGAUAAGUUUCCAUUGUUAAAGCCUUAGCAAACAGCAACAAACAAAGCAGCAUUUUACCGGUGAAGACGGUGAAAAAGAUGGGGGUGAAGGCGGCGAAAGUGCAGAAAGCGAAUCCCAAACCUGUCGUAGAGAAAUUGAUUUGGAUUGGCAGUCUGAAGAGGAGAAAAUGAAAGUACAGAAAUAUAUGCGAGUGAAAGCUGCUGAUUUGGGGGAACUACAAGAUAAGAAAUUGAAGGGUCAGUUAGCUGUGAGGGAAGAAUUGUAUGGGAGAGAUCUGAGCCGAGGCCUGAGAGAAAAUCACGGUCGCCGCCGGAGUCAUAGUCUGGUAUUGAGGCAGCGGCGGCGGCGCAGCACGUGCAGUGCACUUUGCUCUUCUGCCCAACUUAUGUUUCUAUGUGUAUGUUGAAGUAUCAUUUGACACUUGACACUUUCAUAAAUAACACUAUCAUUUAGAGAUUUGGUGGAGAAUGGGAAUUUGGGGUUUGAUUGGAGGAGAGAGGUGAGGAUGUUUUAGUUUGAAAUGUUGAACCUCUGUUCAUGGGGAAUUGCUAGUUCAUGGAGCUGGUGGCGGGCUGGACCUUCUGGGCGAAGGGCCGGUGGAGAUAGGGCUGCGGCUGGGUGGCGUCCAAGGCGCUGGAUCUCGAGCCGAAGAAAUCGAGCCUGCUCCUCGGGAAAGAGGGGCUUGAUGGGCGGUGCGAGGAUUACGUGUGCAGAUUUGCGGAAGCUCUGAGAAUGCAGAUGGAGGUGCAGAGGAAGCUGGAGCAGAAAAUGGAGGUGUAGAGACAUUUGCAGCUGAGAAUCGAAGCUCAAGGAAGGUACCUGCAGUCGGUGCUCAACAAGGCCAAGGAGACUCAACAUCACCUGCUCCACUCCGCCUCGGACCACAGCUCUCUCAGUAAAGCAAAGCAAAAAGGCUGCACGGCCCACGUUGUCGAAUAUCAAUCUGGAUAUACCAGUUGGCAGCCUAACUGCAAUCGUUGGUGGCACCGGAGAAGGAAAAACCUCGCUGAUAUCUGCUAUGCUUAAAGAGCUGCCUCCACUCGGAGAUGCAGAGGUCGAAAUCAGAGGCUCUGUAGCUUAUGUGCCUCAGAUUUCUUGGAUCUUCAAUGCAUCAGUAUGCGACAACAUAUUAUUUGGAUCUGAAUUCGAGCAAACGCGGUAUUGGAAGGCCAUAGAUGUCACUGCAAUGCGGCAUGACCUUGACUUGCUUCCUGGCCGUGACCUCACCGAGAUUGGUGAAAGAGGAGUGAACAUCAGUGGAGGCCAAAAGCAGAGAGUUUCAAUGGCCAGGGCUGUGUAUUCUGACUCAGAUAUCUACAUUUUUGAUGAUCCGUUGAGCUCUCUGGACGCCAACGUUGCACGACAGGUCUUCAACAACUGCAUCAAGGAGGCGUUGGGAGGGAAGACGAGGGUCCUUGUCACGAACCAGCUGCAUUUUCUUCCCCAGGUUGACAGAAUAAUCUUGGUCUCCGAAGGUAUGGUGAAGGAGGAGGGCACGUUCGAGGAGCUCUCCGAGCAUGGUGUCCUGUUCAAGAAGCUAAUGGAGAAUGCAGGCAAAAUGGAGGAGCAUAUGCAUGAUAACGGAGAAGGGCUCGAUCUUUGUGAUGAAUCGCCUUCACCUUCACCUUCACCUUCACUUUCUUCCGAUGCUAAUCCAAAAGAUGCAGUCUCAGCUAGGAAAAUGAGAGAAGGCAGAUCAGUUCUGAUCAAGCAGGAGGAGAGGGAGAUGGGAAUUGUAAGCUGGCAUGUUUUGAUGAGGUACAAGAAUGCGUUAGGCGGCUUGCUGGCUGUUGUUGAAUUGUGCUUGUGCAAUCGGAGAACAUCUUUGUUUUUUAUUAAUGCAGAUAGUGUCUUUUUCUAAGAAAAAUAAUGUCUUUUACUAAAAAAAAUAGUGUCAUUUAGAUUUGUUAAAAGUGUCAUUUGUAAUUUAAAUAUAGGUAUCUUUUAUUA